ACCCGCCUUCAAAGCGUAAAAAUAAGAAGAAGAAGAAGAAGAGCGCCAAACGAAGGGUAGCAUUAAUAGUUUUUGAGAAAUAAAGAUAAAUAAAUCAAGCUAGCUGGAGAAUCAAUAUAAAUAUACUGAAGGCUAUUGAUUUUUCUAAAAAGAGAGGAGGACUGUGGCUAUGUUUAAAAACAAGUCUGCCUGGUUUUCAAGCAGUGUGCCACAGGCAUGUCACAACUUUUGGAGGCUGGAGGGUGGGAGCAUUGCUGGUUGCAGAACAGCAGAUUACCUUUUCAGUGAGGAUGCUACAUGUGCAGAUACUAUGAGGAUAUUUGAGAGCAAAGACUAUCUUUGGAACAAGGUGGCGGUUUUUCACAGCUUGUUUCUGUCUGCCUGUGAGAGGCGCCAGAGUGUGAAGUCUGUGUGCAUCGGUCAUUAUGUGCUGCCUCCAGCCUCAGUACAGGACGAGGUGAGACAGGUGGUCGGUAGAUUGAUUUGGGAGUUUGAAGAUGAGCAGUCAGUGGCACAGGGUUUUGGUAGCCAGACAGAAGAUGAGUGCAGUGAAGUCAGCAAAAGCAACUCUGGACCAUCUGAUACGGGGUCAGAAAGUGAAGCUCCUCAAAGUGUUCAUUGUCCAGUAACUGGCAUGCGCUCAGGUUACAUCAGUAUGGACAACCUCCAGAAAUAUUCAGGCGAUCUGUGUGAUUUCCAUCCUGGAUCUCUCCAAUGCUCCCACUGUAAAGGCCACUGCUGCCCGCUGCACACAUAAGCAGAAAUGCAUGAGAAAAGCAUGUUAAAGGAAAUAGAGUAGCUAUUGUCCUGUCAAAUGAGCAUUGUGUAAGCAAUAAGGAUGGAUACACUGGCCUAAAAAUAAAUCAGUGUCACAUGUAU